AUGAUAAUUAGUAAAACACUUAAUAAAACACAAGAAGAAAUAAUUAAAAGUAUUUCAAUUAAAGGAGAAACACAAAUAUCAACACGACUUGAUCCCGAUGAAAUAAAAGAAGAAAAUAAAAUAGGAGAAGGAUCAUUUGGAAUUGUAUAUAUAGGAGAAUUUAGAGGAAAUCAAGUAGCAAUUAAGAAAAUGAAACAAAUUGAAGAAAAUGAAAAUAAAAUGAAAGAAUUUGAGAAAGAAGUAAUGAUGUUAGAUAAAAUUCGAAGUGAAUAUAUUAUUCAUUUUUAUGGAGCAGUAUUUAUUCCUAAUAAAAUAUGUAUGAUAACAGAAUAUGCAAAAUAUGGAUCAAUACAAGAUUUAAUUAAUAAAAGAACAAACACGGAAAUACCAAAUAAAAUAAAAAUUAAAUUCAUGCUAGAUGGAGCAAAAGGAAUUUCAUAUCUUCAUUCAAAUGGAAUACUACAUCGAGAUAUUAAACCAGAUAAUUUUCUUGUUAUAACACUUGAUGAUAAUAUUGGAGUUAAUUGUAAAUUAACAGAUUUUGGAAGUUCAAGAAACAUUAAUAUGAUGAUGACAAAUAUGACAUUCACAAAAGGGAUAGGAACACCAAAAUACAUGGCACCUGAAGUAUUAAAUCGAGAACAUUACAAAAUGGCAUCAGAUAUAUAUUCAUAUUCAAUAACAAUAUUACAAAUCAUUACAUGGGAAGAUCCAUUCCCUAAAACAUCAUAUCCACAUCCAUGGGAUAUUGCAGAUUCAAUCAUGUCAGGUAAACGACCAACAAUAAUACAAGAAGUUAAAGAAGAUAUUAAAGAAAUUAUUGAAAAAACAUGGAAACAAGAAGCAAAAGAAAGAAUAAGAAUAGAAGAAGUAGUAAAAUGUUAA